AGAAGAAAGGACAAUUAAAAAACAAAAUAAAAGAAAUAGAAGAAAUGGCAAAGAAGAAAACGAGAGUGAUGCGGCUGUUUUUGGGAGAGUAGCAGUAGGGGUUCCAAGUCGAAUACUACACCUGCAAUUAACAAACCCAAUAUCUCUCUAGCAUAAAACUGAUAUUAAGAUAAUAUGUACGCCAAGAAUGCUGGGGAGUUGGUGAAAGAACUUUCGACCAAUGAACCAGGGCAGUUAUCUGUAUUCAAUGCAAAUCUAUUUUCUCAAGUAACUAAAGAAUGUGAUUUUCAUUUUCAUCAGCUUCAAUCCUUGUUAAGCAAAGUUCAAGAAGAAACCUCGAGCAACCAAACAACUAAAAAUCCCGAUCACUAUGGUGCUCUUAUUCAUCACCUUUCUUUGGUUCGCAACAAGCGUUGUCUCAUGUCCUACGUGUAUAAUCGUGCAGAAACAAUCAGAAAUCUGGAUUGGAUGAUUGAGCCUCCGCUUCCUGAACAAAUUCAGGAGAAGCUAAGCAGCUUUGAGAAAGACUAUUCCAAAAAACACUCUGCAGCUAUCAGAUCUUACAUGUCUGACCUUGAUCUUGAUUUGGCUGUGGAUAUGGUGCCACCUAAGGAUCCUUAUCUUAAGGUAAAAGUGUUAGACGAUAUUGGAAGUGUGGCUCUGAGUGAUCAGAUAACGAAUCUUGCUAAGCAUUCGAUUCUGUUUCUAAGAAGGACUGAUGCCGAAACAUACAUAUCUCAGGGAUUGAUGGAAGAGCUUACAAGCUGAGGGAGUGAACCUAUACGAGGUAUUUCAGUGAGAAAAAUCAUAAUUAUGUGUUAUUUUAAUGGUGAAAAAAAAAAUGUAAUUCAUCAGGUUAUUGAGCAAUGUUGGCAUGUUCUUCAUGCUUUCAACUGUCUCUAUGUUAUUUGAACAAUUUUAUAAGACAACUCUUCUUCUUCUAGUACUCAAAGGCCCUAGUUAGUUUGUAUGUUGAUGAACCCUAAAACUCUCAUUACUUGUUUUUGUAAAUUUGAUAGUUUGAAACUUACGAUUUGAUUUAGUAAUACAUCAGGUUCAUUUCAGAUUGCA